CCUGUCAAAACCCCCGUCUUCAUCCCCUAGGGUUUAGACAAAGACGCAAAGAGCAUCAAGAUAUGUGUGGAAUAUCGCUUAUUAUCUCCGGUGUUCGUAUCGAUUUAUCGUCUCUUCUUCCAGAUACAACCAUUUGCUCAUCUCUUUCUGGAGAAGCUGCAAAUUUUUUAUUUUCUGUAGAUGAUAUCAAAGCAGCUCUGAGGAGAAGGGGCCCUGAUAGCUUAGGUAGCAAAUCGAUAUUCCUUCAUGCGGACGAGGAAAGGACUCUUCAAGCUUCAGUAGAAGAAGAAGAGUCAAUUGAAGAAUCCCACUUUAUAGACAAUCAUGUAUUGAAUAAUACUUUAUUUGGAAAACUUAUAUUUGUUGGUGCUACAUUGCAAUUACGAGGAGUAUAUCCCGUCACUCAACCUUUGGUGGACAAAUCUGGCAAUAUCCUUAUCUAUAAUGGUGAAGUGUUUGGAGGAAUUGACCUCAAUAGUGAUAUCAAUGACACUGAAGUUCUCAUGAAGUCUCUUAAGGAAUGCUGCAAUUGCCUUUCUCAUGAACAUGAAGGCACAUGUAGGAAUGGGAAAUACUCUGUUCCAGAACUUCUUUCAAAAAUCAAGGGCCCAUGGGCUUUAAUCUACUGGCAGGAAAACUCAAAGACAAUAUGGUUUGGUAGAGAUGCACUUGGAAGGCGAAGUCUUCUUGUUCAUUGGCCUAGUAUAAAAGACUUGCGGUUCAUGCUUUCUUCUGUUUCACCACCUUCUGCCAUUGAUGAACUCAACUUUUGGGAAGAGCUACCAUGUGGGGUCUACAGUCUGGCCAUGAGUGCUUCAAAAAUGGAUGGAAAUCUAGUGGGUGAAGUGAAAAGACAUAAUUGGACUGAUCCCUUGCUGGAAGAACUGAUUGAAUGGGAGAGAACUUUUUUUGAACCCAAACCUGAAGAUUUAACUAAAAUGUUUUCUAGUGAAAAACGAGGGCAUCUGCAUCGGAAAGUUCUUGCUGCACUUAAAGAAUCUGUGAGGCAACGAACAAUAUUUUCAGAAAUUCAUCUGAGUAGUUCACCAGUGGCUGUGCUUUUUUCUGGUGGAUUAGAUUCUAUGAUACUUGCAGCUCUAUUGGAUCAGUGCCUAGAUUCAAAAUUUGAAAUUGAUCUGUUGAAUGUAAGUUUUGAUGGUGAAUUAGCUCCUGAUAGAAUCUCUGCUAUGGCUGGUGUGAAAGAGCUGAGAAAAAUCGCCCCUUUGAGAAGAUGGAAUCUAGUAGAGAUAGAUGCAGAAUUGUCGAAAUUGACCACGGAGACAAAACGUGUUUUGUCACUUAUUUAUCCUUCAAAUACAUACAUGGAUCUUAAUAUUGGGAUUGCCUUGUGGUUGGCAGCUGGUGGUGAUGGAUGUGUGAGUGAAGAAAUAAAUGGAAAUAAUAAUUCAAAGGUCAAAUAUAGGUCUGAUUCAAGGAUCCUAUUGGUUGGUUCUGGUGCAGAUGAGCAAUGUGGUGGCUAUGGGCGCCAUAGAACUAAGUUCAGAGAAAGCAGUUGGGGUGGACUGAAUGAGGAAAUGAAGUUAGAUAUGCAGAGAAUAUGGAAGAGAAACCUAGGUAGAGAUGAUAGAUGCAUUGCUGAUAAUGGCAAAGAGGCUAGAUUUCCUUUUCUGGAUGAGAAUGUAAUAAGGAUGCUGCUUGAGAUUCCACUAUGGGAGAUUGCAGACCUUCGCCAACCAAGUGGAGUUGGUGAUAAGAAGAUAUUGAGAGAGGUUGCAAGAAUGCUUCAUUUGAAUACAGCAGCUGUCCUACCUAAAAGAGCUAUUCAGUUUGGGUCGAGAAUUGCACGGGAAUCGAACCGGAAGAAUUAUGGAAGUAAUCGUGCUGCAAAUCAAGCUUCAGCUGGAAGUGCAUUCAUUCAUCCCAUCUGAUUUUUCAUGUUUGCGCUUUUUUAAUAUUAUUAUUUAUUAAACAAGGCCAUCAUGCAUUUUGGAGGUUUCAAGAUUCAAAACAUUUUGUAUACCUGUAUAAUUUAUUCCAUCCUAUCUUAUACAUUAUUAAUCUUUUUCGGCAAA